AUGGUUGCUUGGAGAGCUGCUGGACUCAACUACGUUAGAUUCUCGCAAAUUGCUGCCGAGAUCACCCGCAAAUGCACCAAAACCGCUGGAAAAGGAGCUGGGCGCAAAGCUGAUGCGACAAUCAAGAUGUACUCACCGAAAAAAUUAAAACUUGAUAGGCGAAUGAACGGGUUUCACAAAAAAUCAGACGAAAAUGACGUGAACGGUAUAUACCCUCCUACAGCACUCGCGCGUGAUGGAGUCAGUCCGUAUUUCAUCGGAAAACCGAAAAGAAAAAAGAAUGAAGCAGGUUCAAAUGGGCCUCCUCCUCCAUUUAAACUUGUGGAUUGUGAGAAAGAAGAGGAGAUUGUGAUCGAGGAAGACGAUACAAAUGAUUGCCAUUUUGAAAAACAAAAAUCAAUCAAAUCUUUUCUAAUAGGAAGUGAGCCGAAUAAAAAAAGCUCUCCUGAAAGGAAGUUCGUUCUCGGCAACAAAAUAAUUCCUAAAAUAUUCGAAACCAGCGUCGGAGAUGAAGAAAUAUCCGUGUCGAAGCCAUCAAAAUCAUCAAAGUCUUUCGAUUUCGCCGGAGAUCCCAAAGUGAAUCGAAUUCGGGACAAGAUUUGUGAAAUUAUUGAUCCGACGGGCGAGAAAAGGAACAAUCCUGAAUUUAUGGAGCGAAUGAGAGAAAAAGCUUGCGAAAGUAUAGAAAAAGCAACAGAGCCAAAAAGGAAUCGAAAAAACAACAAGAAUAACUUCACUGCAAGCGCCUUAAAUAAUAUAUACCCAGCGUUUACGACGGCCAGUGGGCAAGAUGUUCACAAAUCAAAAUUUCUCAAUCCCGUUGUAGAUUCAGCGAAAUUGUCUCGUUCUAAUCUUGUUGGAUGUUCGAGAGAAUCGAGCACAAGUAGCAUACCAGGUUUACACAGAAACUGCUCGGCACCUGAAACUGUUCGGAAGCCAAAUUUGAAUGGAGGUCCACCGUUUCUGAAAAAAGCAAUGGGAAUGGAAAAUGCCGGUGGAGGAAAAGAUGAAGUUGUUGGGGGUCUUCGAGCGGAGCCAACUCUAAAAAAUUUUGAUGAAAAUAUUGUGACGUUGAUUGAAUCUGAAAUUAUGUCUGUAAAUACUGAAAUUAAUUGGUCCGAUGUCGCAGGUCUUGAAGGAGCAAAGAAAGCUUUACGUGAGAUUGUCGUCUUACCGUUCAAGAGACCCGAUGUUUUCACUGGAAUUCGUGCUCCUCCAAAAGGUGUUCUUCUAUUCGGACCUCCUGGAACCGGAAAAACAAUGAUCGGACGUUGUGUUGCGUCCCAGUGUUCUGCAACAUUUUUCAAUAUUUCGGCCAGUUCUCUAACUUCGAAAUGGGUCGGCGAAGGUGAGAAGCUUGUUCGUGCUCUGUUCGCCGUUGCCCGCGUGAAGCUGCCAAGUGUGAUUUUCAUUGACGAAAUCGAUUCAUUACUGUCUGCCAGGUCCGAAUCGGAACAUGAGUCAUCUAGACGUAUCAAAACUGAAUUCCUUGUACAACUUGAUGGUGUUGCAACAGCAUCUGAUGAGCGUUUAUUAGUAUUAGGAGCAACUAACAGACCGCAAGAGCUCGAUGAAGCGGCUCGUAGAAGAUUUGCGAAACGAUUAUAUAUCUCAUUACCCGAAUCGCAGUCGCGAACGCAGAUUGUUAAGAAUUUGCUGCGGGGAACGAAACAUAGUAUUAACGAACAUGAACUGACGAAGAUAUCAGAAAUCACCGAGGGGUAUUCCGGAGCUGACAUGCGACAACUUUGCACAGAAGCCGCGAUGGGACCCAUUCGUGAUAUUUGCGAGGAAAUCGAGACCAUUGAUAAAGAUGACAUUCGCGCUGUGAACCUUCAGGACUUUAUAGAUGCAGCGAUGGUUGUGCGGCCAACUGUUGAUGAACUACAACUGGAUGCUUACCAAAAAUGGGACCAAAAAUUUGGAUGUCUUUUACACAAAUCUUGA